GAAAUCGGACUUGGCGGAAGGAGAGAUGGUCCAACAUCACAACACAGACAUAGCAUUUUAGCUCAUUUCUCAUUCUCCUCUGCUCGGUAUCGGUCACGCACCGUAAAAUCGAAUCGAACAGAGAGGGUCUGUGUGUGGUGUGAUGUGACCGGGACCUCCUCCUGUUCUGUUGUUGUUCAUCGGGGAUGGACUCUCCGCCUCUCCUCAUCGAGGACUUCGGUCAGAAGGUUGACCUCACCCGCCGCAUCAGGGAGGUCCUCCUCAACUACCCCGAGGGCACCACCGUCCUCAAAGAGAUCAUCCAGAACGCCGACGACGCCGGCGCCUCCUCCGUCCGCCUCUGCCUCGACCGCCGCUCCCAUCCCUCCCACUCCCUCCUAUCCCCCUCUCUUUCCCACUUCCAGGGUCCCUCCCUCCUCGCCUUCAAUGACGCUGUCUUCACCGACGACGAUUUCAUCAGCAUCUCCAGGAUCGGUGGAAGCACUAAACAUUCUCAGGCUUCCAAGACUGGACGCUUCGGGGUCGGCUUCAACUCCGUCUACCACCUCACCGACUUGCCCUCCUUCGUCAGUGGCAAAUAUGUGGUUCUGUUCGACCCUCAGGGUGCCUACCUUCCCCAUGUCUCAUCCGCCAAUCCUGGGAAACGGAUCGACUUCGUCAGCUCUUCGGCUAUUUCGGCCUACAAUGACCAGUUCUCUCCCUACUGUGCAUUCGGCUGUGACAUGAAGACCCCCUUUAAUGGGACUUUAUUCCGUUUCCCCUUGAGAAAUGCUGGUCAGGCUGCGGCAAGCAAGCUCUCCAGGCAGGCCUAUCUGGAAGACGACAUAUCUUCCAUGUUCACUCAGCUGUACGAGGAGGGAGUUCUCACUCUGCUCUUUCUCAAGUGUGUCUCCUGUAUAGAGAUGUAUAUAUGGGAUGCUGGAGAGUUUGAGCCCAGAAAGCUUUAUUCUUGUUCAGUUAGUCUGGCCAGUGGUGGUACUGUCUGGCAUCGGCAGGCUUUUCUCAGGCUGUCUAAGUCGGUGAAUCUUAAAGAGGGCGAGAUGGAUUCUUUCUCGUUGGACUUCCUAAGCGAGGCAUCAGACGGGACUCUUUCCGAGAGGAGGGCUGAUACUUUCUAUAUUGUGCAAACAAUGGCACCGGGAUCUAGUAGAGUGGGUUCCUUUGCGGCUACUGCAUCAAAAGAGUACGAUAUUCAUCUGCUGCCAUGGGCGUCAGUAGCAGCAUGUGUCUCCCCAUCUAGUAAUAGUGUACUCAAGCUUGGCGGGGCAUUCUGUUUCCUUCCAUUGCCUGUGAGAACUGGGUUGCCCGUGCAAGUAAAUGCUUACUUUGAGGUCUCGUCGAACCGUCGUGGUAUCUGGUAUGGAGAUGACAUGGACAGGAGUGGGAAAAUCCGCUCCGUCUGGAACAGGCUGCUUCUGGAAGAUGUGGUGGCUCCUGCUUUUGUACAAAUGUUGCUUGGUGUGCGUCAGUUGCUUGGUCCAACCGAGUCUUACUAUUCCCUGUGGCCCAUUGGUACCUUCGAAGAGCCGUGGCAUUUGUUAGUUGAGCAUAUGUAUAGGAACAUGGCCAAUGCCCCCGUGCUAUACUCACAGGUUGAACAGGGGAGGUGGGUAUCACCCGUGGAGGCUUUUCUCCAUGAUGCAGAGUUUAAUAAAAGCAAAGAUCUUGGGGACGCUUUGGUACUGCUUGGAAUGCCUGUUGUCUGUCUGUCAAGUCUCUUGUUCGAUAUGGUAUUGAGAUAUUCUUCCAGCUCUGGCACGAAAGUGGUCACUCCAGCUACUGUACGCCAUUAUUUGAGAGGAUGCAAAACUCUCAGCUCCUUGAGCAGACAUCCUAAGCUUGUCUUGUUGGAAUACUGUCUGGAGGACCUGAUUGAUUCUGAUGUUGGUCCUCACAUGUAUAAUCUUCCUCUGCUCCCUCUGGCAAAUGGUGGUUUUGGUUUAUUCUCAGAUUCCUCGAAAAGGUCUCCUGUUUAUAUCUGCAACGAACUAGAGUUUAUGCUGCUGCAAGGAAUAUCUGAUAGAGUAGUUGACAGAAGUAUUCCUCUUCACUUACUGAACAGGCUUGCUGCAAUAGCAGAAUCCUCAGAGACUAAUCUUAAGGUCUUCACUAUUCAUGAUUUGUUGCAAUUAUUCCCCAGCUUCGUACCUGCGGACUGGAAGUACAAAAACAGAAUUAGCUGGGACCCAGGUCAUUGCCAUCAUCAUCCGAGUCCAUCAUGGUUUCAGUUGUUCUGGCGAUACCUCAAAACACACUGUGAAAAGCUUGAAUUCUUCUGCGAUUGGCCGAUUCUACCAUCAACAUCAGGCCACCUUUAUCGAGCUUCUAGUCAGUCGAGGCUGAUUCAGGUAGACAGUCUGACAGAUGAGAUGCAGAAUAUCUUACUGAAGAUUGGAUGCAAGAUAUUAAAUAACAACUUUGGAGUUGAGCAUCAGGAUUUGUCCCAAUUUCUAUAUCCCAGUGACAAUGCCGGAAUUUUGGAGUCCAUAUAUGAUACCAUCUCUCCAAAUGGUGGUAUAGAUCAAACUUUUCAAAUUGUGGUAGCAGAAGAAAGGGAUAAGCUUCGCAAUUUUCUGUUGGAUUUUAAAUGGUAUCUCGGUGAACAAGCGAAAGAAUUUCCCCUGCAAAAGUGCAAGAUGCUGCCUAUCUACAAGGUUUAUUCACCAGGAUCUCAGCAGAAUUUUCAAUAUUCUGACUUGGAAAAUCCUCCGAAGUACUUGCCUCCAUUAGAUGUCCCUGAGAGUCUUCUUGGAGUCGAAUUUAUAAUCAUCUCCACAGAUGUUGAAGAGGACAUCCUGUCAAGGUAUUUUGGGAUCAAGAGGAUGGGAAAGGUGCGCUUUUACAGAGAGCAGGUCUUUUGCAGACUCACUGACCUGCAGCCUGAACUUCGUGAUAGCAUCAUGCUUUCAGUUUUGAAAAAUUUGCCACAGCUGUGUCAUGAGGAGCCUUUAUUCAGAGACUGCUUAAGGAAUUUGGAAUUUGUUCCUACAUUGAGUGGUGUUGUUAAGUGUCCUUCAGCUUUAUAUGAUCCUCGAGUUGAAGAGCUGUUUGCUUUACUAGAAAAUUCUGAUUGUUUUCCUCACGGCAGCUUCCAGGAUGCAGAGGUGUUGGAUAUGCUACAAGGUUUGGGCCUCAGAACAUCUGUUUGCCCAGAGACAGUCCUAGAAAGUGCCCGACAGGUAGAACAACUAAUGCACAAAGACAACCAGAAGGCAUAUUCCAGAGGCAAAGUGCUGCUUUCCUUUUUAGAGGUGAAUGCUUUGAAGUGGUUACCUGAUAAGUUGGAGGAUGAGCAGAGCAAGGUUAAUAGAUUAUUUUCACUUGCUACUACUGCAUUUAGACCUCGAAAUUUGAAAUCUGAUCUGGAGAAGUUCUGGAGUGAUCUGAGGAUGAUUAGUUGGUGCCCUGUUCUGUCGGCUCCUCCAUUUCAAGCACUACCAUGGCCUGCUGCGUCUUCUGCAGUGGCUCCCCCAAAACAUGUGCGACUAGAGAGAGACUUAUGGCUUGUUUCAGCAAGCUUUCGAAUAUUGGAUGGUGAAUGCUCUUCCACGGCAUUGUCAUAUGGGCUCGGAUGGUCUUCUCCGCCUGGAGGAGCCGUGAUUGCUGCACAGCUACUUGAGCUUGGAAAAAAUAAUGAGGUUCUCACUGAUUCAGUGCUCCGACGAGAAUUAGCUUUGGUGAUGCCGAGGAUAUACUCGAUACUAACUGGUUUGCUUGGUUCAGAUGAGAUGGAUAUUGUGAAGGCUGUUCUUGAAGGGAGUAGGUGGAUUUGGGUAGGAGAUGGAUUUGCAACCUCAGAUGAGGUUGUCCUUGAUGGUCCUCUUCAUCUGGCCCCGUAUAUACGCGUUAUACCUAUUGAUCUAGCUGUUUUUAGAGGAUUGUUCUUGGAGCUUGGUGUUCGAGAAUUCUUAAAGCCUGCAGAUUAUGUUGAUAUAUUAGGUAGAAUGGCGAUGACGAAGGGUUCCUCGCCUCUUGAUUCCCAGGAAAUGAGGGCAGCUAUAUUAAUUGUGCAACAUCUGUCUGAAGUUCAAGUACGAGAUCAACAAGUUAAAAUCUACUUACCAGAUGUCUCGGGUCGAUUGUUCCCUGCCAGUGACUUGGUGUAUAAUGAUGCACCCUGGUUGCUUAGCUCAGAAGAUUCUGAUGGAUCAUUGGGUGGUGGAUCUAAAAUCUCAUUGAAUGCAAAGAGAACACCUCAGAAGUUUGUUCAUGGAAACAUAUCCAAUGAUGUUGCAGACAGGCUUGGUGUCUGCUCACUUCGUCGGAUCUUGCUUGCUGAGAAUGCUGAUUCAAUGAACCUAAGUUUGUCUGGGGCUGCUGAAGCUUUUGGACAACAUGAAGCCUUGACCACGAGGCUCAGACACAUCCUUGAGAUGUAUGCAGAUGGCCCAGGUACCCUUUAUGAGCUGGUCCAGAAUGCAGAGGAUGCUGGAGCUUCUGAAGUGAUAUUUCUCUUGGACAAGACUCAAUAUGGAACUUCUUCUGUUCUUUCUCCUGAAAUGGUCGACUGGCAAGGACCUGCACUCUACUGCUUCAAUGACUCUGUUUUUAGCCCACAAGAUCUAUAUGCUAUUUCACGUAUUGGCCAAGAAAGUAAACUAGAGAAGCCCUUUGCAAUUGGAAGAUUUGGGCUCGGCUUCAAUUGUGUCUAUCAUUUCACUGACAUCCCUUCAUUUGUUUCGGGGGAAAAUAUUGUUAUGUUUGAUCCCCAUGCUUGUCACUUGCCCGGGAUCUCUCCUUCUCACCCAGGCUUGCGCAUCAGAUUUGCUGGAAGAAACAUGUUGGAACAGUUUCCUGAUCAAUUUUCGCCUUUCUUGCGAUUUGGCUGUGACAUGUUACACCCUUUUCCCGGUACCCUUUUCCGCUUCCCACUUAGGAGUGCAACUGUUGCUUCCCGAAGCCAAAUUAAAAAAGAAAGUUAUGCUCCUGAAGAUGUCAUCUCUCUCUUUGCUUCUUUUUCUGAUUCGCUUUCUGAUUCCUUGCUUUUCUUGCGAAAUGUGAAAACUAUUACCAUUUUCGUCAAGGAAGGAACUGGACAGCAAAUGCAACUCCUUCACCGUGUGCAAAAGAAUUCAGUUGCCGAGCAUCAUGUCAAUUCCCAGACAUUGCAUCAUGUAUUUGGCUUCAUAGAUGGUGAUUCGCGUAGUGGAAUGGAUAGAGAUAGGUUCCUGAAGAAGUUGAGUGAUUUUGUGGAUAAGGAUUUACCAUACAGAUGCCAAAAAGUUGUUGUAUCAGAAGAAGGCUCAUCCGAUGCUCUGUUACACUUCUGGAUAACCAGUGAAUGUUUAGGUAGUGGGCAACUUAAUAAUCACUUUGGGUCUUCCAGUGAGAAGUCUAAUAAGUUUGUUCCAUGUUCCUGCAUUGCUGCUCAUUUAUAUUCAGGGACUGUUGAAAAUGAAAUGAGUGAUACUGGUAAACUAUUUCAAUCUGCUUUAGGGUCCUUGAAAGAUACGAAGGAUUUCGAGGGCCGUGCUUUCUGCUUUCUGCCACUUCCUAUAAGCACUGGUCUUCCUGUACAUGUAAAUGCAUAUUUUGAGUUGUCCUCAAACAGGAGGGAUAUCUGGUUUGGUAAUGACAUGGCAGGGCACGGAAAAAGACGAUCUGACUGGAAUAUUUACCUCCUUGAAGAUGUUGCUGCCCCGGCUUAUGGUCACUUGCUGGAGAAACUUGCCGUAGAGAUUGGCCCAUGUGAUUUGUACUUUUCAUUUUGGCCAACAAACGUUAUAUCAGAACCUUGGGCAUCAAUGGUGCGGAAACUUUACAGUUUAAUUGCUGAUUUUGGUGUCCGUGUAUUAUAUACGAAGGCCAGAGGGGGCCAAUGGAUUUCAGCUAAGCAGGCUAUAUUUCCUGAUUAUAAUUUCCCCAAGUCAUGUGAGCUUGGAGAGGCAUUGUCAGCUGCUGGUUUGCCUUUGGUUACAGCUUCAAAACCUCUCGUGGGAAAGUUUCUGGAGAGCUGUUCUUCGUUGCAUUUCCUUUCCCCUCAAUAUUUAAGGAACUUGCUGAUUCGGCGAUGUUGGAACUUUAUGGACAGAGCAGGAUUAAUAUUGGCCCUCGAAUAUUGCUUGUUUGAUCUUGGAGCAGCUAUUAAAUCCAGCAGUUUGCACGGUUUACCCUUGCUGCCUCUUGCCGAUGGCUCAUUCACGGCAUUUGACAAGAAUGGUGUUGGUGAAAGGAUUUAUAUUGCACAGGAGGAUGAUGAGUAUAGUCUACUUAAGGAUCUAAUUCCAAAGCAACUCGUGGAUGGUGGGAUUCCACGGGAAGUUCAUUUGAAGCUGUGUGUUGUGGCCCAAACUGGGGACUCAAAUUUAUCGUUUUUGUCGUGCGAUUUGCUUGAGAAGCUGUUCUUUAAAGUGCUUCCUGCAGAGUGGCGUUAUUCUAAGCAGGUGACGUGGUCUCCUGGUCAUGAAGGCCACCCGAGUGUUGAAUGGCUUUUAUUGUUCUGGAACUAUCUGAAGUCAAGCUGUCAUGAUCUGAAUGUGUUUUCCAAGUGGCCUGUACUGCCAGUUGGUGACAGUUUCCUUUAUAUGCUUGUUGAGAACUCUGAUGUGAUAAGAAAUGAUGGGUGGAGUGAAAACAUGUGUUCUCUGUUGCAGAAAGUAGGAUGUCAAUUCUUGAGAAGUGACAUGCCUAUUGAGCAUCCACAACUGGAAAAAUUUGUGCAUCCACCAACCGCAGCAGGUAUUUUAAAUGCACUUCUUUCAAUUGCUGGUAAGCCAGAGAGGGCUGUAGGACUUUUUGGCAAUGCAUCAGAAGGCGAGCUUCAUGAACUUAAGAACUUCCUUCUUCAGUCAAAAUGGUUUUCUGAGGAUCAACUGGAUGAAAGGCAAAUAAGCCUGAUCAAGUACCUUCCAGUUUUCGAGUCAUAUAGAAGUAGAAAACUUGUAAGUUUGUAUGGACCAGUCAAAUGGCUGAAGCCUGAUGGUGUUCGUGAAGAUCUGUUAAAUGAUGACUUUGUACGAACAGAGACUGAAAAGGAAAGAGACAUUCUCAAAAGAUUCUUGGGCAUUGGGGAGCCAUCAAAGCUGGAAUUUUAUAAAGAUUAUGUCCUCAACCACAUGCCAGAUUUUUUGUUGCAGCCAGGAGCUAUAUCUGUUAUACUACAAGAUAUCAAGCUUUUAGCUGCAGAGGAUGCUUCUGUGAGAUGUACCUUUUCCGUACUACCCUUUGUUUUGGCUGCCGAUGGGUUUUGGCAACCACCAUCAAGACUUUACGAUCCUCGUGUGCCUGAGCUCAAGAAAAUUCUUCAUGCGGAAGCCUUUUUCCCUGCUGAAGAAUUUUCUGAUCCUGAUAAUUUGGAAACUCUGAGCUGCAUUGGCCUUCGAAGAAAACUUGGUUUUGUUGGCUUGCUUGAUUGUGCAAGAGCAGUGGCUAUGCUCCAUGAUUCUGGGGAUUCAGAGGCUGUAAAGUGUGGGCAGAAUCUGCUUAGCCUUUUAGAUGAUGUAGCACUUCAACUUUCUGGUGAGAGAGAAGAGGGAAAAGGUAAUCUCUUGCUCAACAACAUUGUAACUCCCGAUGAUACUGCCACUGACGUGGAAGCUUAUGUUGACUCUCCUCCAAAACAUGACAAUCUCUCUUUGCACAAUAUAGAGAACGACUCAAUCUAUGGAAUCCCUGCUGAUGAUAAACCGGAGGAGGAAUUUUGGUAUGAGAUUAGGGCUAUUGCUUGGUGUCCUAUCUGGGUCAACCCUCCAUUUGAGGGAAUACCGUGGUUGAAGUCAGCUACUCAAGUGGCUUCUCCAGAUGCAGUAAGGCCCAAGUCGCAGAUGUGGAUAGUUUCCUCUAGAAUGCACAUAUUAGAUGGUGACUGUCGUUCCUCAUACCUGCUGGAUAAACUUGGUUGGAUGAAUACUCCAGGUUUAGAGGUUCUCGCCUCGCAGUUGAUUGAGUUAUCCAAGCUUUACGGUCAACUUAGAUCACAAUCUCUGGAGGAUCCUGUUUUUGAUGAUGCUCUACAAAAGGGUAUUCUAUCCCUUUAUUCGAAGCUGCAGGUGUACGUUGGCACUGGUGAUUUGGUGGUUUUAAAAUCCAUGCUUGAUGGUGUUUCCUGUGUUUGGACAGGGGACGAUUUUGUACCUGUCCAUGCCCUUGCUUUUGAUUCGCCUGUAAAAUUUCAUCCUUAUUUAGAUGCCGUUCCAUCUGAAUUGGUGGAAUUUGAAGACUUGCUUUUAGAAUUAGGUGUUAGACCAAGCUUUGAUGUUUGGGAUUAUCUCCGAGUGUUGCAACACUUGCAGAAUGAUGUCAGAGGCUCACCUCUUUCAAUGGACCAGCUAAAUUUUGUUGUUCGUAUCCUCGAAGCUGUUGCAGACUACUACUCGGAGAGAUCAUUUUCUGAGGCAUCUAACGCCCAGGUCUUGGCUCCAGAUUCUUCUGGAAUUCUUGUAUGUGCAAGGGAUCUUGUGUUUAAUGAUGCUCCUUGGAUGGAAACUGCUACUGUUGAGAAGCGGUUUGUACAUCUGAGCAUUAGCAAUGAUUUGGCAAGCAAACUGGGAAUACAAUCAGUACGCUCUGUUUCAUUAGUUGAUGAAGAGAUGACUAAAGAUCUUCCUUGCAUGGACUUCAGUAAAAUAAAGGAACUUCUGGCCAUGUUUGGGAGCACUGAGUUUUUGUUGUUCGACCUUCUUGAGUUGGCAGAUUGCUGCAAGGCGAAGAAAUUUCACGUGAUUGUUGACAAAAGGGAACAUCGUCACCAGUCUCUACUGCAGCAAAACCUCGCUGAAUUCCAGGGGCCUGCUUUAGUGGUCAUAUUGGAAGGAGUCACUCUAAGUAGGGAGGAAGUUAGUAGUCUCCAACUUCGUCCGCCAUGGAGAAUGCGAGGUGAUACACUAAAUUAUGGGUUGGGAUUGCUUAGUUGUUAUGCUCUCUGUGAUCUCCUCUCAAUUGUUUCUGGAGGCUACUUUUACAUGUUUGAUCCUCGUGGCGUGGCACUUGCUAUACCUUCAAGUUGUGCGCCGGCGGCAAAAAUGUUUCCCUUGAUAGGAACUAAUUUGACUACUCGUUUCAGAGAUCAGUUCAGUCCUUUGCUUAUUGGUCAGGACAUGCUGUGGUCAUCAGCUGCUUCAACUUUGAUCCGCAUGCCCUUAUCUCUAGAAUGCGGGAAAGAGGGACUUGAAUCUGGCAUGACAAGAAUAAAAACGUUCACUGAUGUAUUAUCAGAGCAUGCAUCUAGAGCACUACUCUUUCUGAAGUCAGUUUUGCAGGUGUCAAUUUCUACUUGGGAUGAAGGAAACUUGCAGCCUUUGGAGGAAUACUCAGUUUCUAUUGAUUAUUCAGUUGCUCUUGCAAGGAAUCCAUUUUCUGAAAAGAAGUGGAGAAAGUUCCAGAUAUCAAGGUUAUUUAGUAGCUCAAAUGCAACCACAAAAGUGCAGAUGAUAGAUGUGAAUGUCCACCAAGGAGGAAAUAGAGGAAUUGAAAGAUGGCUGGUUGUGCUCAGCCUGGGUUCUGGGCAAACAAGAAACAUGGCUCUUGAUAGGAGAUAUUUGGCAUACACUCUCACACCAGUCUCUGGAAUUGCUGCUCAGAUAUCCCGUGAUGGUCAUCCCCUUGAAUGUUUUCCUGGAAACUCCAUCUUGUCGCCUCUUCCUUUGUCCAGCAGUGUAAAUUUACCAGUAACAAUCUUUGGUUGUUUCCUCGUCUGCCAUAACCGAGGCCGUUAUCUCUUUAAGCACCAAGACAGGGAGGCAUCGGUAGAGGCAUGGGAUGAUGCUGGGAAUCAGUUGAUUGAGGCUUGGAAUAGAGAAUUGAUGUCAGGUGUGCUUGAUUCCUACAUUGAAAUGGUGAUGGAAAUCCAGAAGUUAAGGAGAGAACCUUCAACUUCUACCCUUGAGUUGAUUGCAGUUCAAGCUCUUAAUUCGUCCCUGAAGAUAUAUGGAGAUGGCUUAUAUUGCUUUUGGCCAAGGUCUACAUUGAUUACUCAACCUAGCAAUGACAAUCCAGAAGAAGUCUUUAAAGCUGAUUGGAAAUGCUUAGUGGAGCGAGUGAUAAGGCCCUUCUAUUCUCGUGCAGUCGACCUUCCUGUGUGGCAGCUCUACUCUGGUAACUUGGUCAAGGCCAGUGAAGGUAUGUUCCUUUCACAGCCUGGAAAUGCCGUAGCUGGGAACUUGCUUCCCUCUACAGUAUGCGACUUUGUUAAGGAGCAGUAUCCAGUGUUCUCUGUACCGUGGGAGUUGGUGUCUGAGAUUCAGGCUGUGGGCAUUACUGUCCAAGAAAUUAAACCUAAAAUGGUUCGGGAUCUCUUGAAAGAUCAUUCUACAUCCUUUGUUCUUCGCUCUGUCAGUACCUAUCUGGAUGUUCUUGAGUACUGUUUAUCUGAUAUCCGGGUAUCAGAGAGCAUUGAUGCUAACAGACCUGAUACAUCAAUCCACAUUGGACAAGGAUCUUCGUCUCAUAAUGCUGCGAGUUCAGGAGAUGCACUUGAAAUGGUAACGACUUUGGGCAGAGCAAUAUUUGAUUUUGGUCGGGGAGUUGUUGAAGACAUUGGUAGGCCAGGAGAGAUGUCUGUCUUGAGGAACAGCAAUGCAACCAACAAUAGUGGCAACAGGAUGGGAGUGGACCAGAGGCUUCUCUCCUUAGCUGCAAUGCUGAAAGGCCUACCAUUCCCAACUGCAACGAAGCACCUUACACGGUUGGGGUUAACUGAACUUUGGUUAGGAAGCAGGGAACAGCAGAAGCUGAUGAUUCCUUUAGCGGCCAAGUUUAUCCACUCAGAAGCAUUGGACAGAACUCUCUUGAUUGAAGUUUUAUCAAAUCCUCCUCUGCAAAGUUUACUCAGACUGCAGAAGCUCUCUCUUCCGUUGCUUUCUAGCCAUAUGAAGUAUCUCUUCCAUGACAACUGGGUUGGACAUGUUAUGGGGACAAACUUGGCUCCUUGGUUUUCUUGGGAGAGUUCAUCAGUCUCUGUUAGUCAGGUGGGUCCAACCCCUGAAUGGAUAAGACUAUUCUGGAAAAACUUCAGUGGCUGUGGCUCGUUGUCAGACCUCACACUAUUUUCUGAUUGGCCUCUGAUUCCUGCCUUUCUGGGCAGGCCAAUUCUAUGCCGUGUAAAGGAGCGUUGUCUCAUCUUUGUACCUCCCCUAGUGACAGAUCAAUCAACCAUGGGAAUUGAUGUAAACGACUAUCAGAACGAAUCAUCUGUUGGCCAUCCUUCUGAAUCAUCUACCAUUCAGUCCUAUCUUGCUGCUUUUGAAGCAGUUAGACAGACAUAUCCUUGGUUACCGUCCUUAUUGAACCAGUGCAAUAUACCUAUUUUUGAUGGACAUUUCAUGGAGUGUGCAGCUUCUUGCGGUUGUCUCCCUGCUCCUGGCCAAUCGUUGGGGCAAGUUAUUGCUUCCAAACUAGUAGCAGCUAGAAAGGCUGGCUACUUUCCUCAACUUACGUCCGUCUCAGCAUCUGACAAAGAUGAACUUGUUCGGCUUUUUGCUAAUGAUUUUUCAUGCAAUGACUCUAAUUAUGGAUCUGAAGAACUUGAAGUGCUGCAGUCACUGCCUAUAUAUAAGACAGUUAUUGGGUCAUAUACAAGAUUGCACAAUCAAGGCCAGUGUCUGAUAUCUCCAAAUUCAUUCCUGAAGCCUUAUGAUGAUCAUUGCCUUUCAUACACUUUGGCGUCGGUUGAAGGUAAAUUAGUUCAAGCACUUGGCAUCCCUGAGUGGCCUGAUCAACAAAUUUUGGUUAGAUUUGGUUUACCAGGUUAUGAUGGGAAAACUCAGUCUGAGCAGGAAGAUAUACUUAUCUAUCUUUUUAUGAAUUGGCAAGAUCUCCAAUCUGACUCUUCUCUUGUCGAGGCUUUAAAGGAAACCAAAUUUGUGAAAAGUGCCGAUGAAUUUUGUACAGAUUUAUAUAAGCCGAAGGAUUUGUUUGAUCCCAGUGACGCCUUGCUGACGUCUGUUUUCUCUGGCGAGAGGAGAAAGUUUCCUGGUGAAAGGUUUACUGCCGAUGGUUGGCUUCGCAUCUUAAGGAAAACAGGUCUUCGCAGUGCAUCAGAAGCAGAUGUAAUAGUUGAAUGCGCAAGAAGAGUAGAAUUUCUUGGAGCUGACUGCAUAAAAUCCACUGGAGAUCUUGAUGAUUUUGCAAUGGACUCGACCAACCCUCAAAAUGAGAUUCCCAUGGAAGUAUAUUCUCUGGCUGGAUCUGUUGUUGAUGCUAUUUUCUCAAACUUUGCGGUCUUAUAUGGUAACAACUUCUGUAACACCCUUGGCAAGAUUGCAUGUAUACCAGCUGAACUUGGCUUCCCAAGCAUUGGGGGUAAGAAAGGUGGCAGGAGAGUGUUUACUUCGUACAACGAUGCUAUUCUAUUAAAGGAUUGGCCUCUUGCUUGGAGUUGUGCUCCCAUUCUUUCUAGGCAGAAUGUUAUUCCGCCUGAGUACUCCUGGGGAUCUCUUCACUUGAGAAGUCCCCCAGCUUUUCCAAAAGUGUUAAAGCAUUUGCAGGUUAUUGGCAAAAAUGGAGGUGAAGACACUCUUGCUCAUUGGCCCAUCGCGUCGGGCAUGAUGACAGUUGACGAUGCAUCUCUGGAGAUUCUGAAGUACCUUGACAAGGUGUGGGGCACCCUCUCUUCUGCAGAUGUAAUGGAACUGCAGAAGGUUGCCUUCAUACUUGCUGCCAAUGGAACACGCUUAGUGACAGCUAAUUCUCUUUUUGCACGUCUGCCCAUCAACUUGUCCCCCUUUGCUUUUGAACUUCCUGGUCAAUAUCUUCCUUAUGUUAAGCUUCUCAAAGAUUUGGGGCUUCAAGACAUGCUCUCAAUAGAUUCUGCAAAAUGCCUUCUUUUAGAUCUUCAGAGAGCUUGUGGAUAUCAGCGUUUGAAUCCAAAUGAACUUCGUGCGGUUGUGGAAAUUUUGCAUUAUUUGUGUGAUGAGAUUGUUGAAGGAAAAGUUGCUGGUCUGGUCAACUGGGAAUCAGCUAUCAUACCAGAUGACGGCUGCAGACUAGUCCAUGCACAAACUUGUGUAUUUGUUGAUUCUUAUGGCUCCCAGUUUGUCAAGUACAUUGACAUUUCAAGGUUACGAUUCGUUCAUCCUAACCUUCCUGAUAGCAUAUGUGAAGCUCUGGGAAUUAAAAAGCUGUCAGAUGUUGUCAUUGAGGAACUCAGUGACAAGGAUUUACAGACAUUAGGACAGAUUGGAGCUGUCCCACUGUCUGCGAUCAGAGAGAGGAUGCUUAGUGGUUCGCUUCAAGUUGCUGUAUGGACGGUUGUAAAAAGCAUGUCAAGAUAUACUCCAUCAAUUGGUCAUCUGAGUUUGGAAUCUGUACAAAAUUCCCUCCAACUCAUUGGGGAGAGAUUGCAAUUUAUUAAGUGCAUAAGUACUCGAUUCCGUCACCUUCUGAGUAAUAUGGACAUCACUCGUGCAGCUAAAAGUUCCAAUAUUCUUGAAUGGGAGGAAGAUUCUUCCCAGCAUCGAACUCUUUACUUUGUGAAUCGCUCAAAGGAUUGCAUUUUGGUUGCAGAGCCACCGACCUAUGUUUCAAUUCUUGAUGUGAUUUCGACUGUCGUGAGCCAGGUCUUAGGGUCCCCAAUUCCUUUACCAAUUGCAUCUUUAUUCAUCAGUCCUGAGGGUUCUGAAUCUGCUCUGAUAGAUGCUAUGGGGCUGUGUUCUGACAAGAGAGAACUUGAACAGAGGCGUGGAAGCAGUGGCUUGGUGGGCGAAGAGAUACUGGCCCAAGAUGCCCUUCAGGUUCAAUUUCACCCGCUGAGGCCAUUUUAUAGAGGUGAAAUUGUUGCAUGGCGGUUACAGAAUGGAGAAAAGUUGAGAUAUGGUCGGGUUCCGGAGGAUGUCAGUCCUUCGGCAGGGCAGGCACUGUACAGAUUUAAAGUGGAAACUGCACCAGGAGUUACCGCUGCAUUAUUGUCCUCACAGGUGCUUUCAUUCAAGAGUGUGUCCGUGGGGAGCUUUAGUGGGCCUUCAACAAGCUCGUCGGAGAGUGCCACUGAGAGCAGAAAACAUGUUGAAGCUCUGCACGGUCGUGGAGGACUAACAAAUUCAUCCCAGGCACAGCAGGGUCAAUAUGGAAGGGUUACGGCUGGGGAGCUGGUUCAGGCGGUGCACGAGUUGCUUUCAGCGGCUGGAGUUCAUGUCGACGUGGAGAAGCAGUCACUCCUCCAAAACGCCAUUUCGCUGCAGGAAGUGUUGGAGGAGUCACGAGCAGCACUUUUACACGAGCAGGAGAGAGCUGAAGCAGCUGCAAAAGAAGCGGAUGCAGCCAGAGCUGCGUGGAUAUGUCGGGUUUGCCUGACAGGGGAGGUUGACAUGGCGAUGGUUCCUUGUGGUCAUGUCCUCUGCCGCAGAUGCUCCUCAGCUGUUUCGCGGUGCCCCUUCUGUCGGGUCCAGGUGACCAAAUCCAUGCGAAUCUUUCGGCCAUGAACUGCAGAUUCUAUCCUAAAGAUUUGCUGUUAUAUGCUCUUAGGUCCUGUCCUGUCUGUACACCGAGAGAUGGAAAUGAUGCGGUGCUGCUUCUGUGUCUGUUAUAUUUCUGUGAGCUUCCUAAAAGAUUGAUUAGAUGUUAUUUAUCAUCGUUUUCUGUACAUAAACAUGAGUUAUGAAAGGUGGUUUGUUUUCUUAUCA